CAGAAAAUUACUACUAAAUUCUUUCUAGUCGACACAUGCAGGGGAGUGGAACGGAGCGAGAGUGGGAAGAAAAAAGGUCUUGACAGGAAAGAGAUCAUGGUUAGACGGAACCUGGGUCAGUCCACUCGCUCCAUCUAUCUGGGACUGGCUUGUCUGUCCCUCAGUCUCCAUGUCCUUCUGGCAUUUUUUUGCCUUUCAGUCCUCCAGACUGCCUGUGUUUUUCCCUCUUCUUCCUCCUCCAUCCCCGGAACAGAUACUCAGCAUCACGAGUCUGUCUCCCAGUCUCCUGCUUCUGAUGCUGCCUCCUCAAACAAACUGCAGAGGCGCCCCCACGAUGAAGUGCGUCACAAACUGACUGCAAACAUGUUACACCAUAAAGUCCGAGGCUCAUUAAAUGAGGUCACUGAGAAGUCAAAGAAACUGAUUGGAGUUGGAAAAAUAAUUCAGAAAGUCGAUGGUCCUUCUAAGCUUGAGGCACUGUUCAAGCAUCCGCUGUACAAUCUGCCACAGCCAGAGCUGCAGCAAGAUGAUUGGCUGCUGAGGCUGAAAACAGAAGAAGAUGCAAAGGAUACGGAAAGUCAGGAAGAAGAGAAGGAAGACAUCUUUCCUGAUGAUAGUGAGUGGCAAAGCAACAGUCACGAGGAAGGCUAUGACAAAGUCACAUGGACAACUGAUGUGGAGACCCACCCUCCCUGGCUGCGGUUCCACCUGGGCAUCUCUCGCUGGGAGCUGUACAACAGGAAAGACCCCAACCUCGCUCAGCUGACUCACUAUUUGGCAACACAGCGUAUCCUUGGCGCAGUUCAAAAGAAAGGAGGCACCCAACUGAAACUGCUCAUAUCGUUCCCAAAUUAUGGACAAGCUCUGCUCAAACCCAUGAAGCAAUCCAGACAUGCAGAGACUGAUGUAAACCUCUUUUACUUCUCUGACUUUGAAAGACACAACGCAGAGAUCGCUGCCUUUCACCUUGACAGAUUGCUGGGCUUUAACAGAAUCCCUCCAGUGGUUGGACGGCUCAUCAAUGUUACCACAGAGAUCAAAGAGAUUACCACCGACCGCAGGCUGUCUAAGACCUUCUUCACUUCCCCUGCUGGGAACGUGUGUUUCUAUGGGCAGUGUGAAUACUACUGCUCAGUGGAGCACCCGGUGUGCGGUCAGCCACAUAUGCUGGAGGUUUCCCUGGCUACCAUGCUGCCUGACCUCACCAUUGCCCCUCGCAGGUCCUGGAGGUCCCCAUGGAGGCGAUCUUACAGCCGCACCAAGCUUGCACAGUGGGAAAAAGACCCAGCCUACUGUGAUACGGUGAAGCAGACACCUCCUUACAAUCAAGGAACCAGACUGGUGGAUCUCAUAGAUAUGGCUGUCCUGGACUUCCUCAUGAGCAACAUGGACAGACAUCACUAUGAGACGUUUGAGCAAUUUGGCAACAACACUUUUCUUCUGCACCUUGAUAAUGGACGGGCGUUUGGGCGUCACUCUCAAGAUGAGCCGUCCAUUCUAGCUCCAUUGCAGCAGUGUUGCAGGAUCCGUCGUUCCAUCCUCCUGCGCUUGCGUCUGCUGUCUCUUCCUGAUUUCCGACUGAGCGACAUCAUGCGGGAAUCGCUGACUCAGGAUCCUUUGUCACGAGUGGCCCCUCUCCUCUCAGAACCACAUCUGUCCGCGUUGGACCGGCGCCUUGCAAAAGUUCUGCAAGUGGUGCAGGCGUGUCAGGAAAAGCAUGAUGAUGUCAUUUACAAUGACAUAGAGGGACAUGAUCAAGGACCAUGAUCAGCUGUUACUGCCUGACUGAAUAUAGAAAAACAUUCAAUUAUACCUGACAUAUAGAUUACAUAUUGCAUUUGUCCCAGUGUUACCUUACCAAUACUCUCUUUAAUAUUUUUGACAAACUCUAAUAAAACAUCAAACCAACAAACAUAUGCAAAAAUACAAAUACAGAAAUCAAAAUGUUCAAAUUUACAUGAAAAAAAACAUGCAGCAAACUACACACUUAAAGUUUUUUUUUUUUAUAUAUCUAGGUCUUUUACAAAAUUUUAAAUAAAGGAGUCCUCAAACCAUCUCAGUGUAGACAUUAAUCAUUCUUUUAGGUCUGACACCAUUUUUCUUCUCCAGCGUACAACUUUCUAUCCAAUGGGGUGUUUUCCCCUCCCAAAACAAUGAUUAAAUAAUGAGGAAUAAGAAUGUUUGUUUAUUUUUAUUACAACAAUUGCAAUUAAGUUUUUCUGGAUAUAAGAACCAAUAACUUUGGAGUUUUAUGGAAUUUCUUUUGAAAUCAUUUUCUAGCAUUGCUGUGAUCUCUUCCCAAAAUCUUUUCAUUGCUCUGUACUCUCAAACAUGAUGAAACUGCGCUCCUUUAGCCUCUGUGCAUUUAGUGCAUAUUUCCUUUAUAUUUUUAUUUUAACAGUUUGGUGUUAAAAGUGUUUGCAUAACCAAAUAUUAAUAUUAGGCCUGUAUUCUAUGGUUGAGUGUACACUACAGCUGAUCUCUAAAUCUCUGUUUAGAUGAUUAAUCUUAUAUUUUUCAUCAAAUUAUUUAUUUCAACUUUGUAGAUGAGUUAGAUCGAAUAUUACAGACACAUUUGCAAUGUCGCUCAAGAGGAACAGAUGUAUGUCUGCUUUGGGCGAACAAACAGACACAAUAAGUGAGUCUGGGAAGGUACGUAGGAUGUAGGACAGUCAGUUGGAGGGCAGUGGUUAACAUUAGGUGUUUGUGAAAACAAUGAUAAAAGGUGACAACAUGGAGAGGUGUGACAGAGAGUUUAUCAUGAGGCACAAGAGCAGAUGGUCGACACUCUAGGGAACAAACACCAACCAUCCCUAAAAAGCAUCAGUAUGAAAGAGGACGUGUAUUCUUAAUCAAAACGCCAACCACACCGUGAAAAAAUAAAAACAUUAAUUCAAUCAGUGCCUGCUAUUCGUAAGCUGGCGUUUAUCUUAUUAUGCAGAAAUAAUUACAAAAAUAAAAGACUUGAAUUACUUCAUAAACAAUUGGAGCUGAGUGCUGUGGUCAUGCUGGUUAGGUUAGCUUUGUCCAAGCACUGUGAAAGCCUGUUCCUGUAUCUCCAAAGGAAUUCUCAACCAGCUUUUAUUCGCUCUCUUGUGUUGAAUCACUUGACUUUCUUUUAAGUUUGACAAAAAAACGAAACAAAAAAAUGUUAUUCUUUGCAGUGCUUGUGUAUCAAUAAUCACAAAAACUACAGAUAUACAUGCAGGAUUUAUUUUCAUAUACAAAUACAAACCAACUUUGAAAUUAUUGAUUUAUUUUAUGUUGUUGUUACUGGAAAAGAAAAAAUCGGGGAAAAAUGUGACAUGUCCUCUUGCUGUUUUUGCACUAGAUUAGUGAAGUAUCUUCUGUGCAGAUGACUUCACUGACCGGAGCCGUGCUAGUGAAAUGCUGUCCUCUCUAAGAGGUUAUGCUCAUUUCUGUCUCCCUGCUGAAAUAAUGCCCCAAGCGGGAGCGCGCAUAGCGCAGAAAGCACUGAAAAUAUUUGGGCCGAGCUGUUUACAACCACAACAUGAAUGCUCAUUGUUUUAUCAAAGAGGCUGUUGAAUUUCGCAUUG